UAGAAACCACGUGUAGUAGUCUGGCCAAGACAGCAACCAAGGCGACGGCGGGAAACCAUCGGGCAUGCGACGAUAGUUUGAGCGAGUUUGGGCAAUGCCAGGACGCGGCCAGCGCCAUGAGCUAGGUGGAGUACCUGUUAUUGUGGUGGAGAACGUUCAGGAUUAUCGAGACUGUGUGCCAUACUAUGUGAAUAAGGACGAUGUGUGCCUGGAGCUUGGGUGCGCUCAAGGGUGCACGACGGCGGUGCUAGCCGAGCACGCUAAGGAGGUCGUGGGCGUGGACAAGUCCGCCUUCAACUUCAAGGUGGCUGAGGGCCGCUACAAGCACAUAGAGUUCCAUGAGAUUGCGGCCGAGGACAUCUCAGCGCUGCUGCGGCUGGGCAAGCGCUUCACAAAGGUCUUCCUGGACAUCAGCGGCUCCCAGCCCGUGGGCACGGGCACGUCCAGGGGAAGGUAAGAGAAGGGAUGUGGUACAGCCCCGCGCAACCGUGCAUCAAUCGUGGGAACGGCGCACCAAUGGCAUCGGCUUUUGCCACCACGUCAAGACAUCUCCUACCUCGCCCUUUACCACCCGCCACAGGCCCACUGGCUGCGCUGAUAGAGAAGUACGAGCGCGCCUUCCCCGACGUGACGCUGUUCGUGGUGAAGGCGUACCGGCUCAAGAAGCUGGUGGGGCUGAGCACGGUAUUCCCGGAGGAGGUGCUGGGCACCACACGCAACCCCAGCACCGCAUUCAUGAUCAAGGCGGCGGCGGGGGCAGGCGGCGAAGGCGGGGGCGGCGUGAGCGGGGGCGUGAAUGGUGUGAACGGUGUGCACGGGGGCUUGGGAGCAGGGAGGAACGGGAGGAGCAGCGCUGGUGGGAGACGACGCAGCGGGCUGGGCGGUUUGCUGCGGCGGCAUGGGGGUGGCAUGGCGGUGGCGCUGGCGGCGUUUGGGGCGGGGCU